AUGGGAUCAUCAACAUCUCCAUUUUCAUCAUUAGCAAACCUUGAUAGUUUCUUUCAUCAGAUUAUCACCGAAGCUUCUAGAUUUGAGCCAAAUAUGAGUCAUUAUUCCCCAAAUUCAUACUUAAAAAAUAACAAUAGCAGAUUCUACCAAACCGACCACCACCAUAUCUCUUUAUCACCAUCUUCCUCUUCUUCUCUCACAAAUAAGCUAAAGUCAUUGAAAGAUUUUCCUUUAGCUCCACCGGUUUUAAACAGUUUCGACAUUCUACCAACCAUGGCUAAUAAUCUUUCGUCAUCAAGAACUUAUGGGCACAAACCUCAUUUCCCUGACCAAAAUAAUGAAAAUCCAGCCAUCCAAGCAGAUAAUAAUUUGCUGGCUCAGUUGGAAAAUUCGAGGCAUUAUCACCAUAACUCGAUUCACAAUCAAUUUGCUACACCCAACCCUAUAGAAAACAUAAACAAGAUCUCCAAUUCAGUCCAGGCCAAUAGAUCUUUGGUUUCGUCAUUUUCAAGUGGAGAAGGAAGCCGUCGGGAUGAUAGAGUCUCCCGACGAACAAGAUCAAGAGCACAAUGCCAUAAUAUGUACCACCCAAGGCAAAGGCUUCAUUAUGGAGGUGGAAGCAGUAGUUCAUCAAGGAAUCAUCAACCCCAAUUGAAUCAAUGUAGAUGCAUCGAGAAAACCCAGAUGGAAGGCCCGAUUUUGUCUUCCCCGAGUACUUGCCCAAUUCAUGAAUCCAAUAGGAUCUCUAAUUUGUCUUUGGUGAAUCCUCUUGCAGCACAACCACCACUGCCGCCAGUUGUACAAUCAACUCCUCCUAUUCUACAGCCACGGCCACCACCACCGCUGCCACCAGCUGUACAGUUAAUUCCACCGUCACCAGGAGCACAAGUUGUACAUUGGAAGUAUGGAUCAAUUCCUGCUCAUCAGUGCUUUGGAGAAUUGGUCCGGUCACCAUGGAACUCAGGCAUCAAUGAAGGACUUGACUGGCAAAGGUCUCAAAUACACAACGCUGAGUGGAAUGCCUCCCUGACAUCUAUAACAUCGUCUAAUUCUCAAAUUCUGCAAAUAAUACCAAAUCAAGAGAGUGAAACGAGCCAUUGGCAACAUUUCAAUCUGGAACCGCAUAGCCAAGGGAUAGGUAUGGCUGGAAAUUUGGAAAGCAGCUCAUUCUUGGUGCAGGGACAAAGCAUUCAGAGCAUUCCCACGAUAACUUCUCCCAUCAUCUCAACUGCUAGAUCAGUCAUGUUACAUGAUGAAAUCAGAAUAAUUAGUACUCAAGAAGGUAAAUGGGAAAACCAAGAUGUUGGCAUCAACCAAAUGACUCCAUUUUUUGAAAUGGAACGUGUCGAACAACCAACCAAAGUACUCUUUCAAAUUGAUGAGGAGCUCAACCCGAUCAUUUAUCAGGGUCCAGUUCAGGUAGAUUGUCACAACAAGGCUCUUCAAAUCUCACCCUCCAUGAUCCCCUCUUCAUCUUUUGGUAUUGGCUUGUCAAAUCGCCAAACUACAACAUCAAUAAGAAAUAGUACUAGUGAGGUUGAUGCUGAGAAGAACAAAAAUGAAGAAGAGGUAGGAGGAAGCCAAGGUUCAACUAAAUUAAAUGAGAGAAGAACCGAGAUGAAUUUGCAGAUAGAGACCAAUUUUGAGAGAAAUGAUCCAUUCUUGGGGGAAGAUGAAUUAUUCGAUUUGAUCAACUGGCCCGACCACCAGAUGAUGGGCAAUACUGAUCGGUUCGGGUUUGAAAUUUGA